UCAGUUAUUUCAAUUUAAGCCGAACGUUGUCUUGUGAGUGAGUUGUUUGAGGUGCUACUAUAAGGAAGCUUACUCUCUUUUUGUUUUUUUUUGGUUUCUUGAGAGCUUCCGAUCCCUAUAUUAAACCAAAAACUGGACAUAGUUUUAAAUAGAAUAAAAGGAUUAAAAACAAUUUUUUAUAAAUUUUUAAAUUUCUAUUCAAUUUCUCUUUAUAUCGGAAGGCAAACAAAUUAUUUUUAAAGAGAUUUUAAGAUUUCCAAGAAUUUUUUUGAAUUUAAAAAAAGUGCACAACUGUGAUCCUGAAGUGAAUUCCAGAUCCACAAAAAUUAAAAGUGUGAUUUAGUGAAGCUCAAGUUCAGAGCUAAAGAUUUUUGAUUGAAAAACAAAAAAAAUAUAUUCUCAAGGAUUAAUUUACGGAUAAAUUUCUUAUUGUGAAUUGUGCUGAAAAAAUCAAGACAACGAUCUAGAAUUUAAAAAAACUUUAAAAAACACUUUAAAAAAACAUAAAAUGGCUUUUAUUACAUCAAUUUACGAUGGAUGGCGGGACCUGAUGGACAACAAAUCAGAUCCACGAACGAGAGACUGGCCAUUGAUGAGCUCCCCAUUCCCUACGAUAGCAAUAAGUCUCACAUAUGCAUAUUUUGUUAAGGUUCUUGGUCCAAAAUUAAUGGAGAACAGAAAACCAUUUCAACUGCGAAAAGUAUUGAUUAUUUACAAUUUAAUUCAAGUGUUAUUCAGUACGUAUUUAUUUUAUGAGGCAGCACAAGGUGGAUGGCUUAAUGGAUAUAAUCUGAGGUGUCAACCAGUUGAUUACAGUAAUACACCAAAAGCUAUAAGGGUAGCAUCCGGAUGUUGGUGGUAUUUCUUCUCAAAAUUCACCGAAUUCUUCGAUACGUUUUUCUUUGUGCUACGUAAGCGUUACGAUCAAGUGUCAACACUUCAUGUCAUUCAUCAUGGAAUUAUGCCAAUGUCAGUUUGGUGGGGUGUCAAAUUUACACCUGGCGGUCAUAGUACAUUCUUUGGAUUCCUCAACACAUUUGUUCACAUCAUUAUGUACACUUAUUAUAUGUUGGCUGCUAUGGGACCAAAAGUACAGAAAUAUUUGUGGUGGAAGAAGUACUUGACUGUGUUGCAAAUGAUCCAAUUUGUUUUGGUUAUGGUACAUUCUUUCCAAUUGUUUUUCAAAAACGAAUGCAACUACCCCAUUGGAUUUGCUUACUUUAUUGGAGCACAUGCAGUUAUGUUCUAUUUCCUGUUUUCGGACUUCUACAGACAAGCGUAUCUAAAGAACGAAGCGAAAAAGGAAAAACUAGCCGCCGAAAAGCUCCAUAUGAAUGGUUUUGCCAAUGGAGUUAUCAGCAAACUGAAAGCAACCGAAGCGAAUAAUGUGAAUGCCAAUGGCAAUGGUACAGUGAAACAUCUUAUCGAAACAAUUGGUUCAACGACGACGACGCGGCACCGAACCUAUGGCGGAGGGCCAUCAAAUAAUUAGAAAAUAAUAAAAAAAAUAGCUUUUGUACUUAAAUAAUUAUAUUAUAAAUUUUAAAGCAAAUUGUUCGUCAUAAUUUAAGUCUUUUUUCAUAAUUAUGGUAGAAAUUAUAUUAAAAGAAAAAAAAAACAAAAACAAAAAAAAUAAUAAAACAAACAAACCCAAACACACACACAUAUACAAAUCCACAAAACCAUUCACAAUGUAAUGAAAAUUAUAUUAUUUUAAUAUUAAGUCAAAUGCGUAAAUGAAUUAGAGAAUUAAGAGUGAAAAAGAUGAUGUUCAAUUUU